AUGAAAGGCAUCUGGUCAGCUUGUCAACAAGAUAAAAGCUUCUUCCUCACCGGCCCUAAAGCUAGUGCCUAUAGAAUCAACAGAUUAAGAGAUUGCACAGGAUUUAUGGACAAGAGCUUCCCUUUCACUUAUCUUGGUUGUCCAAUAUAUGCUGGAAGGAAAAAGAUAUGUUUCUUUGAUAACAUGGUUACCAAAGUUGUUAAGAGACUGAAUAGAUGGCAAGGUAAAACGUUAACCUAUGGUGGCAGAGAGGUUCUUAUCAAGAGUAUUUUACAGUUUUUGCCCACUUACUCGCUUACUGAUCUAAACCCUCCCAAAGGCACUUUGAACCUUAUUGAAAAACACAUGGCUAGGUUCCUUUGGGGAACAACUGGGGGGAAAAAAUUAUCACUGGAGCUCCUGGAAAAACUUGUGCUUUCCUAA